CCUUCCCAUGGAAUAAAUCACCAGUACAGAAUGCGCCCCUCCUCUCACCCCUUCCAUGGAUCCUCGUCGCCUCGUCAUGGACAUUUAUCCGGUCACGAAAUCCCCCCAGGCCAUCGACGAGAUUGCGAGGGGCACCAAGCCGAGCGAGUUUCCUGAUGGGGCGGUUGCACUAGUUGGGGCUGGAACUACCAAGAAGUCAAUGGAUGCAUCGACGACAGCUCAAGAAGAAAGUGGGAGCUUGCAGAGCGCAGGCGUCGGAGCUCAUGUGCCAGAGCCGGCAAACCUCACUGGAUCUUCGUCGCAUCGUCGUCGCGGACCAGGGGCUAGGAAUGGACCUGACUACAGGGAUGCCCAUCAGAGGAAAGUGCUAUCACUAGAGCUCUACGGCGCGCAGCAACCGCCCCACCGGGGGCUCCGAUCUUCUUCCCCCAUGAGGGUACAACAUUCAACAGCCGUGAAGAAGCGAGGGAUUUCUACAACUUGUAUUCAUGGGAAAAGGGAUUCGGAGUUCGAUUUGGUCGAGGGCGCAAGAAUGCUAGCAAAUAUCAAACAAAACUGGAUAUUGUCUGCUCAUGCGAGGGUACCAGCAAGAACAGCAACUCUUCCAUCCGAACAGAUUGUGCCGCCAAGAUUAGAUAAGCAGUGUCAACGACACCCACAAUCACAGGCUUACGGAGGCAUACAGCGAGAACAAGCAAUGGAAGUCCCAUGGUUACAUAGAUCCAUCGACAAAGGAUCUCAUCAAGAAGCUAAGGGAGAACAACAUUAGUGUAGGCGGAAUAUGCAAUAUACUGGGAGUCUCUGAUGGUGGAUCCAGGGCAAGGAUGAGAAAGGAGUCCGUGAGGUCAAUUUGUGCGAAGCUGGCACAAGAAAACAUGCGAGAUGACAUUGGCAAGACAUUGAGACUGCUAGAUAAGAUGAAGGAGACUGACCCAGGACUGGAAGUAAGA